CAGCAGGAGACGGAGCAGCCUCCUCUCCUCUCGAAUGACAAACUCUCAUUCCCCCUCUCUCCAACUCCUCGGGAACAACUCUUAACCUCCAGGAUUCUCCUCCGUCGUUUACUCUCUAUCUUUUUUCCCUUGCACCUCAUUUAUUUUUAUUUUUUUUGUUACUUUGUCUAAGCCCUCAACACUACUCAACAACCCAAGAGAUGUGAAUAGAUAAUGAGGACCCCCUGCCAGCGGUGACUUGUCGUCUCCUCCGUGCUUCAAAAAGCGAGCAUCUUCAUCUUCCACCCCCUUAUUUUUUGGACGUCCAUCUGCCUUUCAACAAUGUAGGAGAAGGUACGCUGUCUAUCCAGCGACGAGGAUGCCAACUACAUGCCUUGUUUUUGCUCUCCGCACCUUAUAUAUUUACAGCCGAAGGAGGGGUUAUGAAAGAUUUUCGUGAAGGCAAAGUUUGAGGGUACCUCUGUCGGUUUCCCGCUCACCUGUCCGCCUGCCCGCGUGAACCCCUCUCCGUCUAAGAAGAAUUUCGCCAAUAGAACAAUUGACGAGCAACUUAAAAGAGACCUGACUUAUUGUUCUGGUGUUUUGAGUGGGAUUUGGCAGCGUUAUUGAAGGAAUUUGAUGUGCGCAACGUUGAAGGAUAUGGCUUAAAUAAUGGUUGCGUUACUGACAGCCGGAGUAAGGUCCGUCACUUGAGUGUUUUUAUCAGCUAUUGUCGACUUUGGAGAAAACCCAUCUAAAUGGGAGGAUACCUGGAGGACUGAGUCGGAUUCGGCAGUCGAGAAAAAUGUGGAUAAAACGGAGUCUCGUGCGCAGUCCGUCUGCUUUGAGGCCAGGCAGUUGUGUGGGGCACCGGGUGUGGAUUCUGCUGGCCAUGACCCACCUCACCCUGGACUUCUCUGUGUGCAGCCCCCUCAGUCAGGGUAUGGGGGUCAAACUCACACCUAAAUCGGUGCCUCGCUCUCGACCUCGCUGGCAGCCGCUCUGGGACACUCCCAACAAGCUUCACUGGAGAACAGUAAGCCCGUUGACUCGCCGCCUCCUCAACCCUAUCCCUCCACCCCAAGACAACAGGGCAGGGAUGGGGCUAAAAGUCAAGGGUCAAAAGCAUCGGAAGCCAGCACAUAAAGGACAAGCGGCAUGCAAGGAGUGCCGGUUGAGAUACUCUCAAAUGGAGACUGGUGAUCCUUUGGCAGUAAUAGCGGAAGCUCCAGCAGCUUUAUUCAGUGGCAGCAGAGGAGAUGCAGUGAGGUUGUUACUUAGAGCCAGGAGGCAGCUCAAAUGGGACAACAAUGAUAAGUCUCAGGAGGGCCGGACUACCACAGUGGCCGGAUUUAUUGACUGGGGACCCACAGGGACAGAUAGCAUAGAUGACGACGGCAAACCGGAUCCCAACGUAACGCUGUCCACCAAGGUCUCAGCUACCACAGUGGCUGCAACCACUAGCACUACAACCAGGCUCUCCCAAAGGACGUUCACUGUGGUGACCACACCAGAGUCCAAGAGGCUAAGCACCACCAAGGCCACUGUCAGCUUCGGGGAGACUGUCAAACCACCAAAGCCAUAUGGGGACACACCAGGUUUGGCAGUUCACCAGAUAAUCACAAUCACUGUGUCUCUCAUUAUGGUUAUCGCAGCCUUGAUCACAACACUCGUCCUUAAAAACUGCUGUGCGCAGUCGGGAAAUGGCCGCCACAAUAGCCAUCAGCGCAAGAUCCACCAGCAGGAAGAAAGCUGCCAAAACCUGACAGACUUCACCCCAGCCCGGGUGCCCAGCAAGGUGGACAUAUUCACUGCCUACAAUGACAGCCUGCAGUGCUCACAUGAGUGCGUCCGGACUGCCGUGCCCAUCUACACUGAUGAGAUGAUCCAGCAGACGCCUGUCUACAAGACUGCUUACAAUGGAAACAGGCCCUCCCCCACUGAAAGACAACUGAUUCCUGUGGCCUUUGUGUCAGAGAAAUGGUUCGAGAUCUCUUGUUGACGAGCUGAAGGCCUUGUUCACUUCCUGUGAGUGGAAGAGACUUCCUGAAAUCACGCUCUGGAUCCAGUUGGAAACAAGAAACACACAAAACAGCUUCUUUUGUAAAAUAGUGCGAUCACUCUUUGGACACUGGUGAAGAUAUUUAUUUUUCUAGAGAUGACAAGCAGAGCAGCCACAACGCUGCCACUCCACAGUUCCAGGAACGUACAGUCAUUUAGCUAUAGAUUAUAUAUAGGUAUAUUUACAGGAUGUGUGGGACAAGACUGUGGACGUCACAGAGGUCUCAAGGAAAACAUUUAACAUCUGAAAAAAAGGAAACCCAAGGAGCUGCUGUGGGUGGAAGAUGAACUGUAAUUCUGAACAAUGUGCCAAUAAUGCCACUAUGUGCCACAACCUGGAUAAAAGGAAGUUUCAACAACAACUGAUGGACUAAACAAAGAGCGCUAUAUUAACCCUGUAUCGACUCCAACUACAUUUUUUUUUGUUUUUUUAAGAAAUCUGAAAGAUAAAAAAUGCUACAAAUGUAUUUGAAUAUGUUUUUAAAUAGUUUUAAGAAAUGUGUCACAAAAGAGUCUAAAAAGAUAUUUAUAUGAAGCACUGUUAUAUUAGUUUGGAAGAGAGAAGAGGGAAAAGAAAAAAAAGAAACGGUAUAUGCUUUAGUGAACAGUUGAUUUUAAAACAUGGUUUCUAUAGGUCCCAUUUUAAAAACAGAAUAGUUAUGUCUAUUUUUUUACACAGUAGAGUCUGCCACAGCCCGAACAGUGGAGGUCCGAAGUACCUGGGAUUCAGUACUGUUAAUUAAAUACACCCGAGCUGAGAUUAGAAGAAAGGAAACUGUCUGAAUACACCUGGUGCAAGCCAAUCCAACGCCCGCUCCAAUUGCUUAUUAUGUAAGAUUUGUACCUGAUUUGGCUUAAUGCAAAAACGAACAAAAGGUUUCUGUGGAGCAGGAGCAAAUCCCAUAGCAGCAAAUUCAUGAAUAGAUUGAGUAAGGACAGCCACAACAGACUGCAUGGAGCUGGGCAGGACAUUCAUACUGCCUCAGGUCUGUCUAGCUCUCUUGCACACUUUAUGUUGGUCUCAGUUUCAGCAGCUGUUUGGGAUAAAUUCUAAGGGUACGUGUUAUUAUUUAGUGUGGAAUAGAUUCAAUUUUAGCCUCAAACUCAAAUCAUUCAUGUGAUAAUUUGCAUAAAAAGGGAGAUUGAAAAAUUAAUCCAUCCACAGAGUCAAUUAUUAUCCCCAUGCCAGAUUCGCUUUUGAUAAAUAUUUUUUGAAGCCUAAAAAGUUGUGAUUAUAGUCAGAAAGUUAAGAAGAACAUUAACCAAUUUGUAAUAAAAUGAUCCUGCGUUUUUCAACUAUAAACAAGAAGCUGUGAACAAAGUGCCCCUCAGGAUGAAAAUGAUCUGCGCCGUGGGUUUUAAAUACAAACAGGAAGGGAUUCCCUCACCGAAUGGGUGGUAGGGGUCAGUUAGCUCUCUCCGGAGCCAGAUCCACACUUAAGGACAAUAUUUCUAGCAAAUCAGAAUUUCAUCUUCCACAGCCAGGAAGUCGGGGGUUGUGCACAAGCAGAUUGUUUUAAUUUGUGCCGCAGGCAGCAGAGCGAAAACACGAUACAGACUUAUGAGAAAGAAGUUAAUUUUGUUCUUACAAAGACCCAAAACACUCCGUCAGUGUAUUGUUGAAGUAAGGGGAUUAUGACAAGCCAAUCAUCUGCUACCAAAUUGCUUUAAACUAUCUUUCAUGUCAAGGUGAGGGAACUCCAUUGUCAGAAAGGACAGUAAAUCUCUCCUGAGAGUCUAGUCCCAAUAAUUUUAUUAUCAACCUCAAGCUCUGAAAGAUGGAUUACCUUUGUGCUACAAAGCUUUUGAGGAAGCCACCUUUGAAUCUACCUUUUAUUGUGCUGUGGGUUUGUACAAAGCACAAAUACAAUUCUGUAAUUGUAAACGUUUUUUGGCAGCAGACAGCAAUAUGUACAGAUUUAAAAGGUGGAUUUUUAUUGCGCGUCAACAGUGGAUCUCCGGUAAUUCGCUUAGGUUGUUUUCAGGCUUGUAUUCACUUCCUUAAGGCCCUGUCACACAUAUCCGUAUGGCAGAAACGUAUGCCAAAUACGUCCAACUUUUCAUCGGAUCGGCAAUAGUGAACAUAUACAGAUACGCAUG